AUGUCGCAAGGCAAUAUUAUGUUUAUGGAAGAGGAGAGAAAAUGGGUAAUUGAUAUGACAGAGAGGAUUACAGAUAGGUCCAUCACGGACUGCAAGCCAGGGCCAGGCUACUCUGGUGUGACCGUAAAUAGGGUCCCCAAGUUUCUGUUGUUUCUAAGGAAGGAAUCCUACACUCCUAGGAUCGUCAACCUUGGCCUUUAUCACCAUGUGAUAGCGCAGCCAGAGUCUCAUAUGGAGCGCCUCAAAGCAGAAGCCGUAGAGAUGAUGGCAAGAAGGCUACCCAGGCAAGAGGAGCACUUACAUUUACAACAAGCAAUCGUAAGCAUUGUUUGUGAUAUCAAAUGGUGCUAUGAAGAAAGAUUUGAAUACAAGGAUGAAACCGUGGCCAUGAUUUUCACAUUGGAUGGAUGCUUUGUGUUAGAGAUCUUGAGAGCUUUAACUGAUGGAAGUAGAGAAAAGAAUCAAGUACACUCACAGCAGCAUUGCCAUCCGUUUUUCAAAACUAACAGAAUCAAGUCCUGUCAAUUUGAUGUGCUCGGUGAUAUUCUGAUGCUUGAAAAUCAAAUCCCGAUUAUGGUCCUGAUAAAGUUAUUGGAAGUGGAGAAAGGCUCAGAGGAAGAAGCCAGGAAAGAGCUGCUGAGAUUGCUAUGCAGCGGUAUUAUUCCUGUAAUUCACCCUUUCCUGCCAUAUCAGCCUGACACACCAAAUUUGGUUGAAGCACGGCUGAAUAGAUUUGAAGACCUUGAAAAAAAUAAACAUAUUCUAGGGCUACUCCAGAGUAUAAUUGUAGAAGACCCAAUAGAUUUAGAAGAGAAACCACCUUGUGGACAUAAUGGUCUUCACCUUGCAGUGGAAGGCCUUCUCCUUGCAAUAAAACGCCUUCUCCUUGUACUAAAAGAAUACCUCCAAAAGCUCAUCAAUCAACCAGAAGAGAUCAAUGUAAUGAGACAUCAGACUCUCAUGGCCUCUAGCAGAGAUUUACACAAGGCAGGAAUAAAGUUCAAACAUUAUGACGGAGUUCCAACCCUUAAAAAAAUGAGGUUCGUUAAAAGGAUAUUUGAAAGUAGUACUCUUCGCCUCCCCACAAUCUGGAUCACUGACAAUACAGAAGUAAUUCUGAGGAAUCUGAUGGCUCUGGAGGUCUGUCAUGGCUUCACUUUGAUUUCAUAUUAUGUAUAUCUGCUGAAUAGCUUGGUGGAGACGGAAGGAGAUGUUGUUGUGCUGAGGAAGGCUCAAAUUAUCCAGAGCUCCAUGGGCACGGACAAAGAAGUUGCUCACAUCUUGAAUAAUCUUUGGAAAGGAAUCAAUUUCAAUUCAGCGGACGACCCCUUCAUGAAUUUGAAGGUGGAUAUAAAUAGCUGGUAUAAAAAACAAUUGCACAUCAAGAUAAGUGAUUAUAAACACAGGCAUCCAAGGUUCUGGCGGAACGUUUCAAUCUUUUGGGGUCUUGCUGUUCUAGUAUCUGCUGCCAUACCCACUCUGGUUAAUGUAUGGGAAAAGAUCGUAUAG